AGGUCUGCAUAGAUUUUCCCCGCCGUCAGUUGUGCAGCGACUUGCGCAAACUCGAAGUCAGCCUACAGCUUGGGUCUUUGAUUGGACAUUGACUCUCUUCCACUUUGAAUCUGAAACACGUCGUCUAUUCUCACCGCCACAACCUUCAAACACAAACGCAACUACUCCCACAUCACAAUCUUCAAACAAUCUUCCGACAUGCUGACUACGAACCGGUCGAGGAUUGGCAACCCGCGCGCAAUCAGCGCUUCUCCAUGUCAUCGAUGUGAGAGUUUACGACUCACGAGACGUCAGAGGACUCUGCAGCGCCCGCGGCAUCCACCUUCGACUGUUCAGCCUUCUCGUGAAGAGAAUUCGCAGACCAUCGACCUCAUCCUGCAAUCCCCAUUCAAGUUACCUGCCGAGCUCAAACGCAAGCAACUUCGCAGAUACCACCCACCAAGAAGACGAUCGAGCACAAGUGAGAAGAGAGGAGAGGGGUUUCAAAUUAGAAUCAAUCGACAAAGAGCAGUUUUUUCGACUUUUGGGUUCAGAGCAAAGUCAUUUUCUUUCUUGACGGCACAUGGGCACUCCAGACCUUUUCCUACCAAUCUUGACGUCACGACCAUCCUCACAUCCCCCUUACCCCACGAAACGCUUCAUCAUGAGCCUUGGCCUUUGCACUCUGUUCACGUACGCUUUGACUCAAAAUGGCAUGCAGCUCCGCUGCGCUCAGCUUUAAAAAAUAGAUAUGGCUAUUGAUGGAGGUAUUGUAAUCAUCAUCGUUGUUUCUCUGAAAGCUUAGGACGAUGGAAACAUCGUUGCGUAUAGUACAAAUCUGAUCCAAGCAGUCAGCUGAGACUGGCUGACUCGGGCAUGCCUGCAUAGCUGAGAGACGCUGGCUC